AUGGAUAGUCAAGAGAAGGAAGGGCCGUCGUUGUCCGAUACCAUGGAGAAAUACAGCCAGUUUGAAGGGUCCACCCCGAGGGAAAAGCUCAGAAAUGCAUAUGCACAACUACGCGCAAAAGCCAACCCUGGCCCUGAAAGUGCGACGCCAUCAUCUGCCGGAGACAUAGAGCCUUCUGUCCCUGUUCCUGUACCCGAGACGACAGCUCCCCUUAGCGUUAGGGUCGAUAAGGAACCAACACAUCCUAAAGAUGUUGAAGUGGAUCAUGAUACUACAAUCCCCCCUGUCGAACCUUUGGAGAUGGGACCUCCUCAGACCAUUCAGCCUAGUGCAUUAUCAAUGCACUUCGCAGAGGAGCCAAUACCUGGUUCAGUCCAUCUUGGGCCGUCGGAGUUUGCUGUGCCUCUUCCAAUGGAUUCCAGGGUCAAGGAUGACUAUGAGCGGGUCUUGACGAGCGAAAGCCAGAGUAUUCGCGAUUUCCUCGGCGAUUAUCAGCGUGAUCUUCUUGUACCGAAGAUGCAUGAAAUACUAAACCGUCUGAGCAAUAUUUCCACGCACCCAGAUCUGAACAUCGCGGAACAUAUCAACGACUCUGAGUCGGACCUAGGGAGGGAGGCCGCUUGGGCUGAGUACUCAAGCGCAAAGUUUUUGCUUUUAAGCUACCUUUUGGAGGCAGCCAGCAUGCGUGAUUUACAUUUGGUUAUCAUGGUGCAAGGAGAAAAGACUCAGCGGGUGGUUGAACGUUAUCUGAUGGGCAAGGGCCUGUCGUAUACUCGUCCACGCCAGGAAAUGGGAUCGGGCACGAAUAUUGAGGUUUCCAUGGUCAAGGAUUCCUUGAGUUUUGGGAUUCAAACCACGCGUAAUGACGGGGUUAUGGAGACAUAUAAAGCCCCUGCUGCUAUCAUCGCCUUAGAUAAGUCUUUCAGCAGCCAGACACCCACGGUGGAACACAUGCGAACCACAUUCGCUCGCAAUGGAAAUCUGCUUCCGGUGGUUCGUCUGUUAGUGUCAAACUCCAGUGAACAUAUCGAACUAUGUUUCUCUGGCCUGCCGGAACCGGAACGUCUUAAGACUCUCCUGCAAUACUCCAUACGUCUCCGUGACGUGGUUGGUGACCUUCAGGAUGAUGCUCUUGGGGUGCAGGAGGAUGCAGAAGAGCUUCUCACUUGCCUUGUCUCGGAUAACUUUAACGCUCAUUGGUCUCUACCUCACAUUGAACCUUUGCACAUUCUGAGCCCUGAGCAGCUUGAGACGUCGCAACAAGAACUGCAAAGUCGACCUGGUGUCGACAUUCAACUGACGACUUCUCAAGCCCAUAAACGAGCAUUCGAGGAAGAAGAUGAGGUCGAACAGUCAGCCAAGAGAACGAAGACGGAAGAGCCGACGCAAGAACCAACCCAGUCCACUGAAUCGACUGGAUUCCCUAGUCAACCAUUAAACGGUGGACUCCAAACGCUAGAGAAGAAUAUUGUUCAGAUGCAGAACUCACAUGCAGCAGAGCUCGAAAAGCUCCAAAAAGCUCUCGCAGGAGCCCAAGCCCGUCUUCAAGAAAGAGAGAACGUGCUGGAAAAGCUGCAGCACCGUUACGAAACACGGACCAGAGACUUCCACAAACUCCGACGGGAGCAUGACCGUCUCACCCAAGCUAAGGCCACAUCCGACCAGCGAGUUGAAAAGCAGAAAGAAGAGCUCAUGAAAUUGAAGGACGAACGAACCCAGCUCCGACACGAACUCGAAGAGGCCCGCGAGUCCCUCAAAGCAGGCGGGGGCAGCGCAACCGAACUCGAAUCAGCAAGGGAAGACAUCCGGCGUCUGACUAAAGAUAACGCCUCGCUAGAACGCAAAGCCGAAUACGAAGCCCGACAAGCAGAAUACACGCGCGAACAAUACCAGACCGCCUCGACCGUGGCUGCACAAUCAGGCAACGAGCUUCGCCAAUUGCGCAGCGAGAACGAGACCCUGAAACGGAAGGUCGAGGGAGACGCAGCCCAUCUGCGCGAACUCAACACGAAGAACGACGAAGCCCGCCAUCUCGCACGGGUCCUCGAACUCGAAGCAACCCUCACAUCCCGGGAAGAUCUGCUCCGCCGGAAGGAAGAAGAACUUCGGGAAAUCCGGAAGAAUCGUCCGUCGACUCGCUCGACCAGCACGCAGCCGCGAAGCCCCAAAUGGACUGCAGGUAAUAGCCGGCCCACGAGCCCUGGCAUCAACAAUGGUUCAUCGCUUGCAGGUCGCGGUAGUGCGCUCAGAUUCAGUUCCGAAAUGCCCCUUUAG